AUGUCCCUGUGCACCCAGUCCUUCUCCUCUAGAAUGUCCACCAUCGCGUUGUCAGACACUGACAACAGCGCCCCCUCGGCUCACCGCCGGCACAACUCCGGUGAGCUCGACGUCUUUGAGGCGGUGCGCUACUUUGCCGGUGCCAUCGAUGGUGUUGGUCUCACCGGAAGAAUUGGUCCUCAGAGAGUCAUACGGGAAGAAAGGAAAAGUUUGGACAUACCAAUGAAGACCGUACCUCCCCAAGAGUGCCGAAGGAUGGAGAAAUGCCAUCCCAAGGAGACCAAGGGUAAGCAACCAAGCUCCCCUGGUGGUAGAUUGGCUAGCUUUCUAAACUCUAUAUUUAACCAAACUGCUUCUAAAAAGAAAUCCAAGUCUCAUACCAGCAGCACCAAGUCAUCAAAGAAUGGAGAGUUAGAAGAGAGGCUUGGAAGGAGAAGUAGGAGGAGUUGCCAAUUCCAGAGCAUAAGAAGCAGUGACUCCAAAUCCAUCUACUCUUCUGAGAGCAGUGGAGUUAGCACCCCUCCCCCUCACACCAACAUCCCUGCAAAGUCGCAGAAGGAACAGUGCAGCAGCUCUAAGUCCCAUGGCCAGCCAAAGUUGGCAGCUUUUUGUCCACAAAGAGAGGUUUGGGAUGAGAGAAGAGUACAAGGGGAGACUUGGCUGGCUGAGAGAGUUGAGUUCAGUGAUAGACUUUGUGGCAAAAGCAAGGUUUUGGGUGGUGGGAAGCCUAACGUGGCUUGGAAUGAAGGGUUGUUGGAGAACAGAUGGGUGUUGAAUGGAAACAAGGAGGGGUUCUUGGAGAAGCAUGGGGAAUGUGGGGAGGAAUUUAGAGGAAAGGAGGAAAGUAGGGAGGAUAAUGGAGGGGAAAGUGACUCCAGCUCUGAUCUGUUUGAGCUGAAGAAUAUUGACUUUGGGGAAUUCUCAAGUGGACUGCCUGUUUAUGGGACCACAGAUGUAGAGAUGAUUGAGAGAGGAGCUGCCAUUACAAGUAUUCCAUUUUAA